GCCUGUGUUUCAACAUUUGGAUUUCAUAUCAAAAGACAUCAUGUUUCGAAGAAGAGUACCCUUCUCACAGGUCGCCUUAGCUACACUGCUUGGAGUCGCUGGUGGUAUUUAUAUUUACAGACCAUAUUUUGAGCCGGCGCAAACCUUGAGAAAACAAAACCAGGAUGUGCCAAAUGAACCGAAUAAAGCAGACUGAAAAAAUUCAUCACUGCCAGGAAAUACUUUCACGAACAGAAGCCAGAAUGACAACUGUACAUCAGAGACUGCUGGACUGUCAGAGAUGGAGGCAGAAUUAAAGACAAGACCAGCAUGGAUAAAGUUAUGCUUCUUUGGGGUUCUUUGUAUGAUUGUUAAUGUACAAAAUAAAGUAUUUAUUAAUUUGA